GGGCGGCGAGCGGCGAGCAGGAGCAGGAGCGGGGCGGGCGCGGGCCGGCAUGGCUGAGGGCUGCGCCCCGCAACCUUGAGAGCGGCCGCGCCGAGGCCGGACGGGACGCGGGAGCAUGGAGCCGCGGGCUGGCUGCCGGCUGCCCGUGCGGGUGGAGCAGGUCGUCAACGGCGCGCUGCUGGUCACCGUGAGCUGCGGCGAGCGCAGCUUCGCCGGGAUCCUGCUGGACUGCACGAAAAAGUCCGGCCUCUUCGGCCUGCCCCCGCCGGCUCCACUGCCCCAGGCCGAGGACCCGCCUGUCAACGGCUGCCACGGCCCAGGCCCCACGGAGGGGGACGCAGAGGCGAUGCAGCUGGGGACGGGUCCCCCGCCGCCUCCCUGCAGGGACCAGCCCCCUGAGACCGCCGGCCCCGAGCCGCCCCCACCCCUCGUGCCACUGCUGCCUGCUGGAAGCCUGCCCCCGUUCUCACCGUAUUUUGAGGGCGCCCCCUUCCCUCCCCCGCUCUGGCUGAGAAACACCUACCGGCAGUGGGUGCCGCAGCCGCCGCCCCGGACCAUCAAGAGGACGCGGAGGCGCCUGUCCCGAAACCGUGACCCAGGCCGGCUGGCCCUGAGCCCCAUCCGCCUGCGGCCGCGCCAGGUGCUCUGUGAGAAGUGCAAGAGCACCCUGAGCCCCCCGGAGCCCAGCCCCGGCCCCCAGGCUGCCCCCAAGGCACGCAGGGGCCAGGGCAGCGACCCCGGCCCCGACAGGGAGCCCCGCAAGCCCGAGGACCCCAACGGUGGAGGCGACACGGUGGCUGCGGCCACCUCGAGGAGGAGCAAGAGGGAGAGGCGGGAGGAGGACAAGGCCCAGGUCCCGCGGAGCCCGGUCAUCAAGAUCUCCUACAGCACACCACAGGGCAAGGGUGAGGUGGUGGAGAUCCCCUCCCGCGUGCACGGCUCCCUGGAGCCCUUCUGCCCGCCACAGGCCCUGCAUGGUGGAGGCCAGGACCCUGAGCCACCGCGGGACAGACCGCCCGGCGGGCCCUCCACCUCUAUCCCCAAACUGAAGCUGACAAGGCCCGGGCCCCCCGGCGCCGACCUGCCGCCCCCCAAGAUCCGCCUGAAGCCCCACCGGCUGGGGGCCGGCGAGCAGGAGCCCGUCUACAGGGCCGAGCUGGUGGAGGAGCUCAACGGCCACAGGGGAGGCCCCCGGGACAGCUCGCCCGCGCUCCUGGCUGACAGCCCUGCCCGCGGGGGGCUGGCAGACUUGUCUUCCGGAAGUUCCGGCGAGGAUGAAGACUUCAAGAGGGGUCCCCAGGGUAAACACGGGCGAGACAGCCUGGCUUUUCUCGCCACCUGCCCUAGGAGAACAGACUGUGCCAGUGAGUCAGUGUGGAGCAGUGACAGCCUGGACGAGGCCAAAUCGUCCAGCUCAGAGGUCCCAUCGCCAGACACGUGUGACCUGUCAUCCGGCGAUGGUGUGUCUGUGCCGUCCUCGUCCAAGGAUGCGCGGCAGACAGUCCCUCCCCUAACGGUCAGGCUGCACACGCAGAGCGUCUCCACGUGUGUUACCGAGGACGGAAGGACCGUGGCCGUGGGGGACAUCGUGUGGGGUAAGAUUCACGGUUUUCCUUGGUGGCCAGCCCGUGUCCUUGACAUCAGUCUUAGCCAGAAGGAGGACGGGGAGCCCUCUUGGCAAGAAGCGAAAGUCUCAUGGUUUGGUUCUCCAACUACAUCAUUCUUGUCUAUUUCAAAACUCUCCCCUUUCUCUGAAUUUUUCAAACUGAGAUUUAACCGUAAGAAGAAAGGGAUGUAUCGGAAAGCUAUAACAGAGGCUGCAAAUGCCGCGCGACACGUGGCCCCGGAAAUAAGGGAGCUCUUAACCCAGUUUGAAACGUAAGGCGUGUUCCCCACCAGGUCACCAAAGAUGAGGUCACGGCUGUUCUCCUGGAGCUUCCAACUUUGGGGUGUCCUCCAUGCCCCCUGUUCCGUCCGAAGGACCCUGAGUGACUGCGGUGGUCAGCCUGGUUCGAGGCCCCCCUGGAGAGGAACAGGUGUAUCCGGCCAUGAGGACAGAACCCCCAGGAGCACAGCAGUUCCUCUCAGCUGAAUGUAUUUAUUCCGUGACUCAGAAUUUAGCUUUUCUGGUUUGUGAAGUACCAGGAGCCCAGCAACACGCAUGCUGCUGCUGCCUUGCGUGCUGGGGGCGGAGGCGGCUGGCCUGGGGCCGGGGCACCAUUGGGGAGCGUCUGGUGUCCUGGGAACAGCCGGUGCUUGGUGUCAGCUCAGGGCCACCCUGCAGGCUUCAGAGAAACCAAAUUGCACGAGUGGGGCUCUUCCUUCCAAGCCCUGGGGCGGGGGUCUCUGUGCACUUGAGAUGGGGAACCCACCCUCACCUCCCCCCACGUUCAUCCCAGAGCUAACGUCCCCCGGAUGCCCAGCACCUGGCCUUAAGGCCACCUUUCCCUGAGCUGCUAGGAGUUACCUGUACCAUGUGGACGUGAUGGGGGACCCUCACUUUGAAAACAGACUUAAACAUUAAAGGAAAAAACCCUUGCUCUGUGGUUUGUAAGACUGUGUUCCUUUUCCCUUUUUGUUGCUUCAAAGACC